GGACGAGAGAUCCGCCUGUUAUGUUUUCUCAGGGUGGAAGUCAUUUUCCAUCCAGAUUCCAGACUGGGAGAGAAAAAACGUCGGCGACCAGACAUCCAAAUGGAGGCUGAGUAGCAUAAAACGGGUUAUUGGCGCUGUUUUUAUUGGGAAUGCAUCAGGCUAGCUAGCCGAGAGGAGCAUCGGCGCUUCAUUUCGGCUUGGCUCUUUGUUGGAGAGGUAGAUCCAGACGGAGCCCAGCGGUGGUGGCAUCAUUUCAGAUUUUUACAGACCAGAUAUGCUCUCCUGAAUCUCCGCCCUGUUUCUUCACUCUAUUUAUCCUGGUCGUUCACUUUGCCAUAAUGAACCACAGCCCCAGCCCCCACUUGUCUGAAGGCGGGAAGUCAGCCGGAGGUGGCCUUCUCUGCAGCAUCGGUCUGGGGUCGGACCGGGGGAUCCGCUCCCCAGACAGCCUGGCCCACACGCCCAGCCCUACUGGGGGAACUCCCAGUUCCAGCCCCCCUCUGUUGCUGUCGCCUGGACUUGGAGGUCUGGGUCUAGGCCCUCUGGGUGAAGGAGUUGGAGGUGACUGGGAGACCAGGGAGGAGUUGAGACUCAGGGAACUGGAGGAAGCUCGAGCCAGGGCAGCCCAGAUGGAAAAGACCAUGAGGUGGUGGUCCGACUGCACAGCCAACUGGAGAGAGAAGUGGAGUAAGGUCCGUGCAGAACGGAACAGAGCUCGGGAUGAGAUCCGGCAGCUGAGGCAGCGGCUGGAUACCCUCACCAAGGAGCUGACUGGCGUCCGGCGGGAGCGGCAGGAACUUGCCACCGAAAACGAGGCGCUACGCCAGGAGACACUGCAUCUCCGGGGCGACCCCACUGCUCACCCGGCUACCGGCACAUCUUCCUUACCUUUGUCACCUCUCCAUCACAGUGCUUCCUCCUCUUCCUCAUCUGCUACCCCCUCCUCCCCGGCACCGUCUCUCUCGUCCUCUAAGGUCAUAACAGACUGCAAGUUUGAGGAGGGACCACCAGGGUGUCCUGAAGCAGAACCGGUGAGGGAUGUGGACUUGGACAGAGAGAAGAUGGGCCAGCAGAAGGACUUGGAGCUGCUUGAGUCAGUCUUGCAUUGUGGAGCACCAGGUUCUGACGCUCAGGACAGCUGGAGCAGUCGGGGUGUCAGCGCAACCUGCUCCCACUCGUCAUCAUGUCUGAGCCGGCAGGAACGGAGCAGGCAGCUGUGGGAGGACAUGAGCUCAGUGGAGGAAGAUUCCAGCAAGCUCAACGCCCUGCAGCUCAGACUCGACGAAUCGCAGAAAGUCUUGCUGAAAGAGAGAGAAGACAAGCUGGCCCUGAGUAAGAGCAUCGAGAGACUGGAGACUGAACUCAGCCAGUGGAAACUGAAAUACGAGGACCUUAGUAAAAGCAAACAAGAAGCGCUCAAACAGCUGAAUCUGUUGAAGGAAAUGCAUCAGGAUGAACUAGGCCGCAUCUCUGAAGACUUGGAAGAUGAACUGGGAGCACGGACCAAUAUGGAUAAAAAACUGGCUGAGCUUCGAGCUGAGAUGGAGAGACUGCAGGUGGAGAACGCUGCAGAGUGGGGCCGCAGGGAGCGCUUGGAGACGGAGAAACUGGCCCUGGAGAGGGACAACAAAAAGCUGCGGGCUCAGGUGGAAGACCUGGAGGAGCAACUGGCCAAGAAACGUCGGCAGGCCGCCUCGGCACUUGACACAGACUUGAAGGCCAUCCAGAGCGAGUUGUUUGAGAGAAACAAGGAGUUGGCCGAUCUUCGUCAUGUUCAUGCAAAGCUCAAGAAGCAGUUCCAGGAGCGCACUGCAGAACUGGCCCAUGCCAACCGAAGGGUGGAGAGCCACGACACCGAGGUCAAGAAGCUCCGUCUGAGGGUGGAGGAGCUGAAAAAAGAACUGGGCCAGGCUGAAGACGAGCUGGAUGAAUCUCAUAACCAGACAAGGAAACUGCAGAGGUCUCUGGAUGAGCAGGUAGAGCAGACUGAGAAUCUGCAGGUCCAACUGGAACACUUGCAGUCAAGGCUGAGGCGGCAGCAGCAGAGUCCUGCUCUGUUUGGGAAGAUGCGAUCCGCUCGCUUUGGUCCUGAAAACCCAGAUGGCCCAAGAAGUGAUGUUGAUGAGGAAGAGGAGGACCUGCAGUUACAGAUUCCAUGACAUAUGUCCCCAUCCACAAAUGAACAGGAUAUUGGGACGUCAGCAGUCACAUGAACAAUAUGAAGUCUAGGAAGUGUUUUCCAGAAAGGGUGAAGUAUUACUGGACAUGAAAAUAUCCCAAAACUUUCAUCUAGAUUUAAAUCCAAAAGUCAGUGUCUGUUUCUUGUUCAAACUGUAAAUUCAUGUAGACUUCUCAGGAUGUCAAAUAAUUUCUGGUCAUGAAUUAAUCAAAUCUGAACAGUCAGCAGGUUUUCUUUUAGGAGACCUAGACCACAAGAUUUAAAUCAGGCUGCACCGUGCCAAGCACACACCAGGAGCCUCAUGUAUAAAAGAGUGCACAGCUUUCACACUAAAAACUGACAUACGAAAAAAUUGUGAAAAGUGCAGCGCACAAAAAUAUUCAGAUGUAUAAAACCAUGUGUACGCACAUACCUGAGCUCAUUUCCUUUAUAAAUCCUAAUUUGCAGGAAAUAGAGCGCAGCUGCUGGUCUGUCCUGUCGCCACAUAUGUAAAUUAGUAUAAAUGCACAGAAGACUGCCACCACAAGCAGCAAUAACCAUGGCAACGGUUUUUGCAUGUAGCAGUAUGUAUAUUUAAAAUUAUUAUUAUUACGUAUCCUAAAAGGUGCUUUAAGGGCAUAUAAAAUCACCUCAUAAAAAAUAAAAAUAAUACAUUUUAGAGAAAAAAUUCCAAAAAGAAAAUAAAAUGGAAAUGCUUGUUUGAACAGCAGAGCGUUCAACUGAGAUUUAAAGACAGACAGCAUGCCAAGAGUCCUUUGGGGUGAGUAGGGAAUGUGGAAGUUUAUUCUA